GUGAAGUUGUAGAGCUCGAGCGGGAGCAAGUCGCUGCGCUCGCCGUCGCAGCGCCGAAGAGUCAAACGCCAAAUCGCCGCGGAAAUCGCCGCCGCACUAGGGUUCAGGUAUCCCUCGAUUCGAAUUCGUCCCCCGUCCCGGCCAGUGGGCGCGGCAGGAUGGAGGACGGGGACGGCGAGGCGGCGCGGGAGGCAAUCGCGGCGAGGAUGCGGGCCGGCGACUACACCGGCGCCAGGACGCUGCUGCUGGAGACGCUGCAGACCAACCCCGGCCUCGACGGCGCCGUCGAGAUGCUCGCCGUGCUCGAGGUCCUCUGCGCCGCCCCCGCCGGCCGCCCGCCGCACUGGUACCGGGCCCUCCAGGUCCUGCCCGGGGACGGCGCCGCCGCCAUCGAGGCGCGGCACAGGGCCCUCCUGGCUCAGCUGGAGCCCGUCCGGGACGCCCUCCCCGGCGCCGACCUGGCGCUCCGCCUCGUCGACGAAGCCUACAAGGUGCUGUCCGACCCGGCCAAGAGGGCCAGCUUCGACUCGAGCAACACGGCGGGGGGUUUGGUCAAGCAGAUGGCAGCAGGUGCGUUCAGCAGUGCUCACGCUGACUUGCGGCGUGACCCCAUUUCGCUGACCGAACGGAUGCAUGUCGAUGGAUCAGCAACUCCUCUCGGCACAAAUCCUGACAUGGAUAGAGCAAAAAGCUUGGACACGAAGCAUGUUCGGCAGAUUGACCAACAAUUUUUGGAUGCAGGAAAUUGUUCAAACGUGGCUAGUUCUUCCAAAACCAAGAGGACCGACCAUUGCUUUCAAGGUGAUGAUGGCGAGUUCGAGUUGCAUGAGGAAAACCAUGCAGACAAGAAGCUUAAGAGUGUAUGGGAGAAGGACGUGUAUUCUGUGUCCUCGUCGGAGGAAGAUCCCGACGGCUGCUUUGCUGAUCUCUCAGAUGCCAUGCAAGAUGACCCCUGCUCUAGUCAACAGUAUGACUAUCAUAACUUUGAGGAGGACAGGUUGAUACAGCAAUUUGCUACUGGGCAGAUCUGGGCAGGGUAUGACUGGGAGAAGUUUCCUCGCAGAUAUGCAAGGAUAAAUAAAGUUUUGACAGAUAAGAUGCAGUUAUAUGUAUCAUGGUUCAAACCAUGCCCGCAAUCUCAUGAAGAGAAGAACUGGUUAAGUGCAAGCUUGCCAUUCGUCUGUGGAACCUUCAUUGCGGAAGAUCGGCAAAUAUCGCUAUCUUCUAUAUGUAUGUUCUCCCACGAAAUAUCUCGUGAUACUCUAAAUCAGCAACUUGAAGUAUUUCCCCGGCAAGGAGAAGUAUGGGCCAUCUACAGUGACUGGGACAUUGGGUGGUGCAAUAAUCCUGAAAUGCGGAAGAAGAGUGCCUUUUCUGUUGUAGAAAUUCUUACCAGUUAUUCAGAAGAAUCAGGUUGUACAGUUGCGCCCUUGGUAAAGGUUGGUGGAUUUAGAAGCGUUUUCCAGAGGUACAUGAGGAGUGGGAGGGAGCAGGUAUUACAAGUCUGCAGUGACAAUCUGCUCAUGUUUUCUCACAGGAUCCCUUUAUUUAGGUUUACUCAUGAGGCUGGAACAGUCCUGGAGCUUGAACAUUCUAUUGUACCAGAAAAUCUGCGGCAUCAAAAUACAUUGGCAAGUGUGACUCCUCUGUCCCCACUUUCAGGUUUGGAUAGUGAUACAAAUGGCUUUCAUGAAGCUGCUAUGGCGCAAUUCUCCAGUGCUUCAACUAGCAAUUUAGGUUCAGGUAUUUCCCAGCAAGGAGUGAUGAACUACAAUAACAAGUUGUCACCUGAAGAUUUUAUGGAGGGGCAGAUCUGGGCUGUGUACGAUGCUCGGGAUCGGAUGCCUAGGUCUUAUGUCAGAAUAAUCCAUGUGGUUUCAGAUGCUACAAUUUUUGUGUUGAAGUUGGAACCACAUCCAAUGCUUAACGAAGAAAUACGGUGGGUCGAAGAUGGCUUACCGGUUGCUUGUGGGGUAUUUCGAGCUGGUACUGGAACUACUUACAAGGACAUAUCAGCUUUCUCUCAUCCUGUACAGUGUGACUGGAGUUCAAAGAAGUCUUUCUAUCGAAUCUUCCCGAAGAAAGGGGAAAUAUGGGCAAUGUACAAAAAUUGGAAGAUUACCUUAAAUAGCACUGAUAUUGACAAAUGUGAACCUCGCAUGGUUGAGAUCCUCUCAGAUUACACUGAUGAGAAUGGAGUUAAUGUGUGCAGCUUGACUCGCGUAAAAGGCUGUUUAUCAUUUUUCCAGAGAGCAUUACUGGAAGGUUUCCAUUUGACAAGGUGGAUUUCGAAGUCUGAAAUGCUCAGCUUUUCCCAUCGAGUUCCUGCUUUUGUUGUCAUUGAAAUCAGAGAGCGUGAUAUACCACAAGGGUCAUGGCACCUGGAACCAAGUGCCCUACCUCUUAGGAGCAUACAUUGACAGUCCAAACAUAGCAGCUGAAGUUUACCCAACCCUUUUCUUUUGGUUCAUUUUGAAUAGAUUUAUUGCCUCUGUCUAUGCUCUUGUCUAUUGUCUUGAUUGUUUUAUCCGUCAAGGGAGUUGUUUGUUCACCUUUUCCUUCAUGGUACCAUCUUUUUGCAAUGGUUAUAUCUUAUGUCCUCUAUUUUACCAAUAGCAGACCAGCACUGGCACAUUAAAACAUGGAAGUAAGAUUCCGUAGCAUUAAUUAAAAUAUGCAACAGCAAACAUUCUUUGAUAAACCGAAACUUUGACUACCCUAGCAACAAUUGAAGUGUUGUCUUAGUAUAGCUGUUGCCACCAAAUUUCUUGAACCGAAUUGGAAUUCUUGCUAUGUUUGUAAGCUACUCAGCUUCUGUAUCUGCACACUGCAGCAUUAUUUUGCCCUUGUCAUGCCAUCAACUGUAUGUUGCCGUGUUCACUAUUACUGUUUUCUAGUAGAUGGUACUAGCAGGUUCCCAGUUGGGGAUAUCUUCGCUCUGACCCUGCUAUUCUUCUGGUUGCUUCUUCUUGAUAAUUCUGUGGAUGGGGAAUCCUGUUUAUGUGUGUGAGAUCUGCUGAUGUCGGGUUGGUGCCUAAGAAAGCAAGGUUGCAGUCACCAACCAAUAAAGGGGCCUGGUAAUGUUCUCUAUGUACUAGUAUGAGACUGAAGGCGUCCAGAAUAUUGUUGUCAAUAGUUCUAUUAUGGUAAAAUUUUAAUGAUACGGUUCUUAGGGCCACACAUUGAUAGUUCGAAACAUAGUAGCAGAAGUUUACCCAGUUGUAAUGUAACCCUUUGUUGUUGGUUCAUUUUUGACUGAUCUGUGCCUGUAUUUACGUUCUUAUCUUGAUUGUUUAUCUGUCAAGGGAGUUGUUUGUUCACCCUUUCCUUCGUUAUACCAUCUGUUUGCUAUGGGUCUAUCUUUUCCCCUCUGUUUUACCAACCGCAGACAAGGACCGACAGAGUAAAACAUGGAACUCGGUUUUUUUAUAAAACACAGAACAUGCAACAGGAAACAUUCUUUGAUAUACUGUAACUUAGACUACCCUGAGAUCAGUUAAGAUGGUAUCUUUACUAUAGCUGUUGUGCCAAAAUUCUUGAACUAGAGUUGAACUUUUGUUAUGUUUUAAGCUACAUAGCUUCUGUAAAACUUUGGCCCUGUCCUGUAAAACUAGAGUUGAACAUUUGUUAUGUUUACAUUUCCACUACUAAUAUUCAUCUAGAUGCUACUAACAGGUUCCUGGUUGGGUAUAUCUUCUCCUGGACCCUGCUGUUCUUCUGGUUGCGUCUUGUUGAGAGCUCUUUGGACGGGGAAUCCCAUCAAUUACACUGCUAAUUAAUUGUUUAUCGCGAUGGAACAUAAAAGGUAGAUGAAUGGUUGGAAGCUGAUGUGAUGUUUGUGAGAUCUGCUGAUGUUGCGUUGGUGCCUAAGAUAAGUUACAAUCACAAACCAAUAAAGAGGCCUGGGAAUGUUUUCUGUAUUAGGUCGUCCAGAAUGCCUUUACCAAUGCUUCUAUCAUGAUUAUAAUAUGGCAAGUCUCUAUCAAAAAAUUAGAUUUGCAAAACUACAGGCAAGUGAACGACGUCUUGUGAUGCCACCCUUACCCAAUUGCUUAAGCAGUUUAAACAUCGGGAUAUAGGAUUUGCUUUGUUCGAUUAUUGUAAUAGUACUAAUCAAAUACAGCUGACCAAAUACAGUCGAUCUUUUGGAUGGGCCAAAUUUUGCUUUCUUGCUGCUGCCAUUUGCAUCAAUUGUAAGCCUUUUUUGGUACUUGAUGAAUGUCUUCUCUUUAAGCAAUUUAUGUCCAUGCUUAUAGCACUACGGAAAUAUUUAACAUUCAAGUACACCCAUUGGCUUCUAACUGAAACGCUUACCCUUAAACACUGUAAUUUUUAUCGAAUUCCAGGUUGCUUGUUUUCUUUUGCUCAAUUUCAGCCUUGUACUUUGGUCCAUUCAAAGGAAAAGAUAGGCUAGAAUAAGUACUGUAUUUUGUGGUCCUUUUGUGCAAGGUACGCCAUCAAAUUAGAUACUAUGGUGAUCUAGUGAUCUAAAUAUCCUUUUGUCAACAAGACUUUAUCACGUUCACUGCACUGCUUGCUACUAGAUGCUACUAGCCGGUUUCGAGUUGGGGAUAUCUCCGCUCUGAUCUGCUGUCUUGUGGUUGCAGUCCUAAUUAUUUUUUUACUGCGGCGGAACGUUAACGUAAAUGAAUGGAUGGACAACGAUGUCUGUAUGUGAGAUCUGCUGAUGUCUGAGUCGGUGCCUAAGAAAGCAAAGUUACAAUCACCAACCAAUAAAGGGGUCUAGUAAUGUUCUCUAUGUAUGCGGUUGUCCAGGAUAUCGUUGUCAAUAGUACUAUUAUGUUCUGAAUAAUAUGGUUCUUAGGGCCAUGCAUGGACAGUUGGAAACACAGCAGCAGAUGCUUAGCCAAUUCUAAUGAAUCAAUCCUUUCCUGCUGGUUCAUUUUUAACUGAUCGAUUGCCUCUGGUUUUCUUAACUCAAUAUUUUAUCUGUCAAGGGGGUUGUUUGUUCACCUUUUCCUUUAUUGUAACAUCCUUUUGCUAUGGGUCUAUCUUCUCCCCACUGUUUUACCAACGGCAGACAAGGACUGACGCGGUAAAACAUGGAACUCAGUUUUUUUUAUAACAAACACAAAAUAUGCAACAUGAAACAUUCUUUGAUAUACUGUAACUUGGACCACCCUAGAAACAACAAAUGAAAUGGCAUCUUAACUAGAGUUGAUUUUUUGUUAUGUUUUAAGCUACACAGCCUCUGUAAAACUUUGCUUUGUUGUGCCAUUUAACUGUCCUUUUCCAUUUUUACUGCUACUGAUAGAUGCUACUAACAGGUUCCUAGUUGGGGAUAUCUUUUCUCUGAUCCUGCUGUUCUUCUGGUUGCUUCUUGUUUAGAGUUCUUCGAAUGGGGAACCCCAUCGGUUACACUACUAAUUAAUUUUUUACUGCGAUGGAACGUAAAGGUAGAUGAAUGGUUGGAAGCUGAUCUGAUGUUUGUGAGAUCUGCUGAUGUUGCGUUGGUGCCUAAGAAAUCAAAGUUACAAUCAAACCAAUAGAGGGAAUGCUCUCUAUAUAUGAGGUCAUCUAGAAUAUCUCUACUAGUGCUUCUAUCAUGAUUAUAAUAUGGCAAGUCUCCGUAUCAAGAAGUGAGAUUUGCAAAACUAUAGACAAUUGAAUGACGUCUUGUGAUGCCCCCCUUACGCAGCUGCUUAAGCAGUCUAAACAUCAUCAUAUAGGAUUUGCUUUGCUCGAUUAUCAUACUAGUACCAAUCAAAUUCAGCUGACCUUUGGGAUGAGCCAAAUAUUGCUUUCUUGCUGCUGCCAUUUGCACUACUUGUAAGCCUGGUUUGGUACGUGAUGAUUAUCUUUACUUCAAGCAAUUUCUGUCCAUGCUUAUAUCAUUAAUGUGAUAUUUACCUUUGCAGUACAACCAUUGGCAUCUAACUGAAUAACUAAACCGUAAACACUGGGAUUUUACCCAAUUCCAGUGUGCUUGUUUUCUUUUGCUCGGUUUCAGCCUAGUACCUUGUCCCAUUCAAAGGAAAUGAUAGGCUAGGAUAAGCACUGUAUUUUGUGGUCCUUUCGUGGAACACACGUGCUUAAAUUAGAUACCAUGGUGAUCUAAAUGUCCUUUUGUCAACAAGACUUUAUGGCGUUCACUGCAUUGUUGCCAUUGGAAGUACGCAACUAGUUUCCAAUACGUCCAAAUACACCCACUGAUUUUUAACCUGGUAGUAUCGGAAUAAGUUUUGGCCAGUCAUGAUCUAUGUGUUUUUCUUGUGCUUAAAAUACAGCUAGUUCCAAGUAUUCUUAGACACAAGCAGGAAGUUUCCUGCCUUGCAACUUGCUUGAGAAAUAGUUAAGAAUGACAGAGGUAGACGAGUUCAUGGUGUUCUGGUUAUUUUCAUGUGCUCAGAUUCAACUGUUUUUAAGUGUUUGUAUCGCACAUGCAAUAGACGAAUUCAUGGUGUUCUGGUUAUUCAUGUGCUCAGAUUCAACUGUUUUUAAGUGUUUGUAUCGCACAUGCAACUCUGAAAGUUUCCUAGUUUCCAGCUAGCUUAAAAAGCACUUAAGAAUGACAAAGAUGUGUGGAUUCAUGAUGCAGUGAGAGGCGUGAAGCAUUCUGUUGCACACUUGUAAUAACAACCGAGUUUACAGGUCAGUUGCUUCAUCUACCAUCAUGUCAAUAUCACAUCCUGAAAAUAUGGCGAAAAUGUCACUUGGGAAAGCUACACAUUGUGUGGUAAGGCUCAAAGUGGAAAUUAUUGUUGUCCUAACUGAUGUUGAAACUUGAAAGUGCAAUCUUGGUCACUAGCGUGCUCAGGAAGGGGAAGUAGGUGAGACGAAGAAUGUUAGAAACACCCCUUGGUUUUUACGUGAAGUACUCUUGCGCAUUUCUGAACUUCCCCUGUGCACUUUGACUUGUUUUAUACUCCAUCCGUCUAGAUACAUCCGUUUGAGCGUCAAGUAAUUCCGGACGGAGGUAGUACAUUUUAAGACUUAUCGGUUUUCAAAUCUAUCAGUUAGUCUUUUCUUUUUUGGCACCCUUUUAUCAUUAUGAAUGUUCCUUUGUACUAUAUGUCAACACUCAGAUGCUAUAAGCUACCAAGAAUGAGUUGAGGUAGCUCUGUUUGUUCGAAUUUCAAGCUGUAUAGUUGAGAUCGUCUCUCAAAGCUGUAUUUUGCCGUAUAGCACAACAACCUAAUUAAGAGGACUUAUUUGUCCAUUCAAGCAAUACUAAUACUACUCUUUCGUUGUGGGUGGGCAUUGAAUGCAUGCGAGUGAUGAUCUUGUUUGUCUCUUGCUCUAGUUCUGGAGUUUGAGAGGAUGAUAGUUCCUCUUUGCCUACUCAUUUGAAAAACUCGUGGUUUGAUCUCUUAUGCAGUUCCUUUUUCAUGUGCAAGUUUAAGGAUGUGAUAGCAUAUUCAGUCCAUAGUAAACGACAUUGGAGAUACCAUAGGGGGCAGUAUACCUAAAGAGUUCUUUCUUUUAUAUUACUGAUGAUGAAACAUUUUGUUUCUUUUGACCGAGGGAUUAUCUUGUUCUUUUUCUUGCUCUUGUUCUGUGGUUUGAGGGAACGACAGCUCCUCUCUGCCCACUCAUUAAACAUUCAUGUAGUUUGAUCUUUCUUAUUCAGAACCUUUUUCCUAUGCAAGUUUAAGGAUGUGGUUGAUUAACCAGUUCAUGCUAAACGACAUUUGAGAUACCUAGGGUGUGUAGUAUACCUAAAGAGCACAUUGAUUCUAUAUCUUUUAUAUACUACUGAAAACAUUUUGUUUCUUUUGACCGACCCCUUCUGAUCUGCAAUACCCACCCUGCGGAUUGCAUUGUUAAUCUUCACGCUGCAAGGUGCCAACGAGUGAGUUCUCUGCCGUGUAUGAUUGUACAAAUACAAGAUUCUAAUGGGAAUAUAAAGAACCCUCUAUAUCUAAUGUAUGGACGGCUCUUUACUGCAUAUUGUGUUGUUGUACUGUCACCAUUAUAUUUCACCUUUCAUUUUGACCAUUUUACUCUUUACCGGAAAAAAAUGGUGACUAUUUUACCGGCCUUGCUUGCUCUUGGGCCUCUGGAUUGGAGAGCACUGCAAGUAACCUCUCUGCCAUGGUGGCUUGUUUGUUUCUACAUAUAUAUAGUUGACAAAUGGUGAAAAGUGCAGAAGGAAUCCAAUACGAAGUGGAAAGUGGGGCCACCUGCACAGAAUUGGAGAUCCCACCACCAAACUGUCAUUAUAUCCCAGUCAUCCAAUGGGACUGACUGUCUUUGCAAAUGAUUCUCCAUCAGACAAGUAGAAUACAUCUGAUGGUGUCACUUUUGUGAUUGCUGGUGUUCACCUUCCAUUCCCCGCCUAAUUUUAUCCAGGACCGACUAGUAUAAAAGAGGAGGAUGCUUUUCUACUCUCCUUCAGACGACAAGGCAUAGCUACGAGAAAGAAAGUCUUGUUGAAGAGUGAGGGAGAGGAAGCUCCCACCCACCCAGAGGGGUGCGAAGAGGCAGCAUGGAGCGUGCAGGGGAAGAUGAUGAUACAGGGAGUGGAAGCAGGAGGAGGAGCAGGAGCAUGAGCAUGGGCGGAUCAGAUGCAACGUCGACCAUGAGCGGCGGCGGCACCACGGCGGUCAAGCAGCACCAGGCUCUGAGGCUCGUGGAGGACCUCUCCCUCCCUUCGGUGCAGGUGGUGGUGAUGAGCGCCAACAUGGGCUGCUCCCACUGCCGACAGCGGGUCACCAAGGUCGUCACCAAGAUGAACGCAGGGCUGCUGGAUUACAUGGUGGAUUUCGGGAAGAAGGAGGUGACGGUUAGGGGCACGGUAAUCCACACCAAGAAGAAGAAGAGAAAGAAGCAGCCGUACAUGAUCACUGGGCUGGAGAAGGUGCCGCCUGCUAACGUGGGCGCCAGGACGCUCUCCUGGUUUUUGGGAUGCUACGGUUCAUAGCUAGUAGUACGUACAAAGCAUAGUAGUAUACUGUUAUGUACAAGUAGUUGCUUAAUUGUUGUUCCAUAUAUAUUUUAGUCAUCUUUCUUCUUAUAAUUUUUGCAUGGAAAUAAUGUAUGCUGGUAGAGUGGUAGUGGUAAUUAUGUGUAUAUCAUGUCCUAUAAUCUCAUGUUUGCAAA